AUGGCGAGACCCCAAGAUACGGCUUUGGCCCGAUUCUAUGGCCUCCCUAAGGUGCACAAAGACGGCGCUCCUCUCCGACCCAUCGUGUCGCUCAAAGGGACUCCAACGUACGGACUGGCUAAGUGGCUGUUCCGGCGUCUCAAGUUCCUGACCGCUGAGUCAGACACCACGGUCUCUUCGUCAGCACAAUUCCUGGAGAAACUCAAAGGGGUAAGCAUCCAUCCAAAUGAGGUCAUGGAAUCUUUUGAUGUUACAUCCCCUUUUACUUCUAUUCCCCAGGACCUGGCGAUCGAGACAAUUGAACUGCUACUACAAAGCAAAUACGAUGAAACGGAGAACCGUCUUGGACACGCCCAAAUCCUUCAGCUCCUGAAGCUCUGUCUCAGAACGUACUUCACGUUCGACGGGACAAUCUACGAACAGGUGAAGGGCACACCAAUGGGUUCGCCGACUUCGGGAUUCAUCGCCGAGGCGGUCCUGCAACGGUUAGAGUCGCUGGUCUUCCAACACCACAGACCGAAAUUCUGGGCCCGGUAUGUGGAUGAUACCUUCGUCGUCAUCGAACGGGAUCAGGUGUUGACGUUCCAAGAACAUCUCAACGCCGUCUUCCCGGACAUUCAAUUUACGAUGGAGGAGGAAGAGAACAACCAGCUGGCCUUCCUGGAUGUCCUCGUAUGCCGCAAGGAUUGUGGUGGACUAAAGACCAAAGUGUUCAGGAAAGCGACAAAUACGAUGCAAGUACUGAACUUCAACAGUAACCACCCAAUCAGCCACAAACGCAAUUGUGUAAGGACGCUCUAUCGACGUGUCGAAACGCACUGCAGUGAGCCGGAAGACAAAAUUGCUGAACUACAAUACCUCCGACGGGUCUUCAAAGCCAAUGGCUACCCGCGCAACUUCGUCGACCGGUGCAUACGCAAAAGGGACGAAAGGCCUAACCGCACGGACACCAAGUCUUGGCGGGCACUUCCGUAUGUCAAGAACGUUUCGGAAGCUGUCGGCCGCCUUCUCGCACCACUUGGGGUUGGAGUGGCACACAGACCGGAGGCAACCAUCUGGCGUCUGAUCAUGAAACCGAAAGACCCACUGCCACGGCUAGAAACGUCUGAAGUCGUUUAUCGGAUCUGGUGCAGUUGCGGACAAAGCAACUACGUCGGAGAAACCGGAAGACAGCUCUGA